CGCCCCUGAGGCGGCGGCGCGCGGGCGGAGGGGGAGGCGGGAAACGCCGGGGGCGUCUGAGGGCAGUCCCGGUGCGCCCGAGAGAGCGGCGGGACCACGCCCCGGGAACCCUUUUCGGGUCACUUGUGCCUUCAGGCGGCGUUCCACGGAGCGAAACUCUCUCGCUCGUUGUCGGGGACAGCGGAAAGAAACCCCACUGUCUCUGAGGCGGGACCCCGCUGGGGAGGUGCCAAGCCGGGGUAUCCGCUGGAAAUGUCCGUUCAGAGCGAAUAGUGCCGAGGAACUGGGCAAGGCUGAGUCAUCUGCUUCAGCUGGCAUCGAGGAGCCUUGGAUGGGGCGUGAACAGCACUUAGUGCUCAUGUGUAAUAGCAGAGGAUUUCACUGCAGCCCUUAACUACAACAUCUGAAAUGAGACAAACACAGUCUUGCGAACCUCAAAGCUGUGCUUAUGGAGAAAGAAAGUAACAAGCCGGCUCUGGAAAGGAGAAACUCUCCAAUGUAUUCUCCCAGCAAAACAGAGAGGAAGAUAACGAAGCUAUCAAUGAAACUGCCCAAGAGAAAAAGGCUCUUCAGUAGUGGAGGAUAACUGAGUUUGUGAGGUUACAGUGCUCUUCUGCAGGAACAGAAGCUCCUUGGGGGCAGAGUUAGAGCUGGGGUGGAAACUGUUCCAGCUGCCUUAUUUCUGAGUCAUCCCUGUACACAAAGCUACUGUGCAGAAAUGCAGACAAUGUUUGGGUCCCUCUAGAAAUCUGAAAACAUUCCACAUGGACUACAAAAAAGAGUCACUUAUUUUAUCCAAAUCUAGGUGCCUGAAGGAUGUUGUCGGAAGGUUACCUUCAUAGAAUCACCUACCUUUGUGAAGACCUGAACCCUGAGCUCUGCAAGAGUUUGCCUGAUGAAGGGGUGUAUGAAAUGAAGUCCAUUAAUUAUUCUUCCACAGGCGAAGCACAAGGAAAAAGCGUCCUUCAGAGAUGCAGAUCUGCUGGCAAGUGCAUUUCCUCAGUCUGCUCUAGAGGUAGCAAGCACAGCAGAAGGCAGAAGGACAACCUCCCACAGCCUGUCCAGCACCACACGCCCACAGGGCAGCCACCUCCAGCCACGCAUGUCUGCGAGGAGCCGACGAAGAAAGUCACCUACCUGGUCCCACCUUCCUGCAAGAGCAUUUGCAAGAACUACAACGACUUGCACAUAGCUGGGGACUACGUGGUGCCAAUUAGCUCAGUCACGACAGAUUUUGCUUGUGACAGCGGCCUAGGCCCCUUCCUGGAGUCCUCAGAGAUUCCUCCCGCCAUGGAGUCCGUGCAGGCCGCCCCCAGCAGCAACGCCGCGCGCAGGCCGGCCCAGGGGAGCUCCUCGUGCUGGCGGCUGGCCAGCCUGGGGCCACACCAGCAGCCCCUCUCCGACUCGGCCCUGAACGCCUACCUGGAGCAGAAGCUGGUGGAACUGUACAGGCAGUACAUCAUGGACAGCACGGCUAACAGGGCAUCCCCCACCCAGAUCCUGGCCUCGGAGCUGAUCAUGACGAACGUGGAUCAGAUCAGCAUGCAGAUAUCGCGGGAGAGGAACAUGGAGACUGUCAAGGCCAAAGACAUUGUCAUCAGCCGCUUCUUACAGAUAGCCAGUGGGAAGAUCUCCUCAGAAAUGAGCACACCUACUCUGCAUAUUUCCCCAUAUAGUCACAUUAAUGCUUAAUGUUUGAAUGUUAGAAACUUUUUAUGUUCUUCAAAGUCAGUUUUUAGUUUAAGAUACUUUCGGCUUAAUAAAAAUGUAUUUACCAUCCACCACUUAAAUAAAACCUUCCAGUACAUAUUAAAUAAGUAAAACAACCGGUACUCCUGUGCUGUGCAGCUCUUUUGUGGACCAGUAAGUUUUUUUUCUUUUAAGUGUUUUUAAUGAACCUCAGACAUUAAAAAAGUUUCACAGAAGAACAACUAAGGGCUCAUGAAACUCUUCCAGGUGCUUCCAGGUGCUCGGGUGUUUGCUUUCUUCCUCACAUACUUGAUGUAUCCCUUCAAAUUUCCUCUCUGGCAUCUGCCAUCCUGCCUCUGGGUCCAUGGUUGUGCAGGCUUACACUGCUGCGAGGACAAGCAAGCACAGUGAUGGUAAAGCCACAGCCACAGAAAUACAGAAUUUAGAAUGUCAUCCAGUUUACCUCCCUGUCCUUUAGGGCUUUACUUAGGACAUCCCUCACAGAAGGUUUUAUAAUUUGAUCUUAAAGAUAUUAAGGGAUAGACACUUUACAGCUCUUUCUAUGCUAACCCUAAUUAUUUAAUUGGUGUCUUCCUGUUCCAGAGUUCCCAUCCCUUUUUGUGAAGCACAAGCUCUGUUUCCAGAAGCAGAAAUUCUUGUUUCCAACCAGACAGCAUCCACUGGAGUGUGUGUGUAAACCUGUGUGUUUUGCACUGACUCGAGCCCUCACAAUGAGCCCUGGGGACCUGUGAUCACAGACAGGCACCACCUUUGCCAGGUGCUUACACACCUGACACUGUGGAGGGGUCACGUGGGGGCAGCAGUAGUAAUAAAGGGAGAAGAGGAAGGAGAAUUGACCUUUGUUAUGAAACUUGCAUGUUGAAGGAAAAGGGCUACUCCAAAGUCCAUUUGAUUAAUGUGAACAGUGCCCUGGAAUGCAGAAGAAUAGCUGAAAUGGAGCAUUUGACACCUUUGCUGAACACUCCUUUUGUUAUGAUUGCUGUACCAUAGGUCAAGGUCAUUUGAACUUGAUGUAUUUCUGAUAGAAGGUCCUAUUUUGUAAAAUCUCACCAAAUAUUAAAAAAGAAGAAAAAACACUAAUAACCAAAGCUGCCUCAUGGCAAGAGGUGGUACCUACUCUGAGUGUUCAUAAUGUGUAAUGUAUUGAUGAUGCUGAUCCAUCAUUGGUCGAAAUUCGGA